AUGGCGAUUGUGAAAGCCAAGAAUUUACCCUACGAGGGCUUCGCUUCGGCGAGGCGGGUGUUAAGUGUGAAGUCCACGGGACGGGAGCGCGGCCUCUGCGCGGGGCUGAAGCAGAGGCGCAGCCAAGCCCUCCCUGCCUGCGCCCCCGAGCUCCGGGGUCUCUCGGGACGCUCAGAUGGACGCGGUGCCUCGGCGCUGCACCGUGCCCACGACAGCUGCACCUUCCUGAGGGUCCUGCGCUGGGUGCUGGGUGCUGGGUGCAAGGAACCAGGAGGGACAGGGGCUGCUCGAAGCCGGGCCGUGGCGGGGGGGGCCGUGUCGCGUGUGCAGCUGGCCCCAUAUGAAAACAAGGUUCAUUCUGAGAGCAGCACUAUACUUGAUGACACGCAGAAGGGGACAAUCACUGUCACAAUCCAGAAGCGGCAAGUCAAAGACUUAGGAGUGUACUGGUGUGCACACUGUCUCCAAGCCCAAACAUCCAGUGCUGAGGAGAGCCGACCCGAAGGAAGCACUCUGUACAUCCAGUGUCCUUACGCAGCACCAGAUGACUACCAGCAGCAGAAAGCCUGGUGCCGCAUGAGAGAUAGAGAAUGCGAGCUCUUAGUGGAGACGACCACAGGAUUCCCGUACAGAAACUGGGACACAAGUGGGAAAGUUACGAUAGAGGACAACCGCACGAAUAGGACCGUGUCCGUCACCAUGACUAACCUCCAGGUAGAGGACUCAGGCAUAUACCUCUGCGCUUACCACAACAGGUACGGGUACCAUCAACUAAAGACGAUCUUACUGAACGUUUUCAAGGAGCUGCACAAGCAGGAGUUGGACAGCGUCUCUGUGCAGUGCCCGUACAGCCCCUGGGUGUACUCAACGGAUAGAAAAGCCUGGUGUCGAAGGGAAGGUCAGACUGCGUGUAAAGUCGUGGUGAGCACAGAUUACCCUUCAACACAGAGUAACAGCAAAGCCCUGCGAGACAGAACCUCGAUUCAGGAUGACACCCGGCGGCGGACUUUCACCAUCACCAUGGAGAAGCUGCAGGACCGGGACACCGGCAUGUACUGCUGUGCGUUCUACCUAGACUCUGAUCUCAGGCGGCUAACGGAGGUCAGGCUCUCUGUGUCCAAGAGUGAGUACCGACUGGCAGGGACCCAACGAUACACAGCCAUGGAGUCAGGCAAUGUCUCUGUCCAGUGUCUGUACAGCGCCCCAGACUACGGGGCUGUAAGCAAAGCCUGGUGCAAAGAGACAGCUGGCAAACCGUGUACCAUACUGGCCACCACGGCUUUGGGGCCCUCAGGGUCCCGCCGAACACCUCAGCAAGGCAGAGUCACGAUCCAGGACGACACCCAGCAGGGGAUUCUCACCAUCACCGUGGAGAAGCUGCAGGCACAGGACUCCGGUGUGUACUGCUUCAGCUCAAAUGCAACUGUUAUAUUCUCUGGGGUCUUGAGCAUCCUGUUCAUCCUGGCACUCAUCAGCUUGAUAAUACUGUGCAUCAGGCGGCGCAAGCAGCUCCAGAGAAGAGGUAACAGGCAAGCAGAGGACACCUGUGACAAAACAGAGGACAUAGCACAGCUUGACAGCACUGAAAGCACGGGAAGUGCCAAGGAUGACAGCAAAGACCUAAAAUAUAUUACCCUGAACUUUAAAUCCCGACUCAGCACUGAGGAUCCUCUCUACUGUAAUGUUGAACCAAGUCAGCCUCACAGGAAACUCGAAGAUGAAAGUGUGGAAUAUGCUACCAUUGCGCUCAAGCAGUUACCAACGAAUGACAAAGGAUGA